GAACCAAGUAUGGUAUAUAUGACAAGGACUCCACCUUCGAACCACGACCGAGUCUGCGUGAUUCUCUAUUGGUGAAGUUCGCCCUGUGAGGGAACUAUCAUCACAGAUUCACUAGUCGUUCCAGCAACGUUGCAAUUGUCGCUUCAAGAAAAUCAAAGAUGGAUAAAAGCAUCAUCUUUGGAUGUGGAUUCUUACUGGCGGUGCUCUCAGUGGCAGCCACAAGUACCACUUCUACUGUAUCUCUAUUGGAUACAUCGUUUACCUCGACCUCAACAUCUGCACCUAACUCGGGCACAACCGCUGACUUGUCCACAGCACCUAACUCGGAUACAACAACUGGCGUGACCACAACACCUAACUCGGAUACAACAACUGGCGUGACCACAACACCUAACUCGGAUACAACAACUGGCGUGACCACAACACCUAACUCGGAUACAACAACUGGCGUGACCACAACACCUAACUCGGUUACAACAACUGGCGUGACCACAACACCUAACUCGGAUACAACAACUGGCGUGACCACAACACCUAACUCGGAUACAACAACUGGCGUGACCACAACACCUAACUCGGAUACAACAACUGGCGUGACCACAACACCUAACUCGGAUACAACAACUGGCGUGACCACAACACCUAACUCGGAUACAACAACUGGCGUGACCACAACACCUAACUCGGAUACAACAACUGGCGUGACCACAACACCUAACUCGGAUACAACAACUGGCGUGACCACAACACCUAACUCGGAUACAACAACUGGCGUGACCACAACACCUAACUCGGAUACAACAACUGGCGUGACCACAACACCUAACUCGGUUACAACAACUGGCGUGACCACAACACCUAACUCGGGCACUACCACUGGCGUGACCACAACGCCUAACACGGCCACAACAACUGACUUGUCCACAGCACCUAACACGGCAACAACAACUGGCGUGACCACAACAAGAUCAAGUUCUGACCUGCCCACGUCUACAUUUUGUCCAAUGACAUCUGCUACUACCACAUCCCUCAGCACUUAUACUUAUUCAACUUCGUUGUAUGGAUCGACUACACCAAUGUCUGAUACCGGCGCCCUUCUGAGAGCAUUCACACCUAUGUUGAUGAUCCUGGCUUUGAUUUUGAGAUGGCUUUUGUGAAAUGUUGAAAUGGCUCCUUGAAAUGUUGAAAUGGCUCCUUGAAAUGUUGAAAUGGCUCCUUGAAAUGUUGAAAUGUAUCAUCGAAAAGAUUAAAUUGCUCGGCGAAAUAUUUAGAUGGCUUUCAAUUAGGUAUUUUCUCGCUGAUUUACACUAGCCAACAGUUCAAAUCUUUUAGGGACUUAUUUUUAAAACUUCAUUUUAGUAAUUAGUAUUUCGGGCAUCUAUUUCCUGUUUUAAACAAUCAAUUCUUCUGUAAAACAAAAAUGCAUGUACAAGGAAAUUGUAAAGUUUAAAAAGAAAGAAAUUUGUAUUUUCUAUUCAGAGCUUAAAUGUAUUUUGCAAUAUAUUUAUUAAUUUUUUACUGAAAAUAAUUGGCCUAAUUGAAACUUUUUUUUUAAACAUAAAAUUUAAAAUGUUCUCUAGUACAUAAAUGUAAAUAUUUUUUUUUAAAUGGGACUUUUUUAUAACUUCUAAAUUUCCGGUUGUAAAAUAUGUUAUAUCUUGAAUUUCUACAAAAUUUUCCGUUCGUAUGCUUACAUCUAUUUUUUGUUACAAAUUUAAAAUCGCUGAAAUCUAUAGAUGACAAUUGACAUGACAAUUCUUGUAUGUAACAUUCCCGUAAUAAAGCGCUGUUUGUACGGAAAUCUUCCAAUCUAGGUAAAUGAUGUUCAAACAGCUGUUUUGUUCAACUUCAUCUAAAUCUUUAAAAAUAUUAUUUUUUAGGAAGAAAAAAACAAGAAAUUUGUCCAAAUUUGAUACUGUCAUAUUUUUUACAUCGUUUUAUUAUUAUGCGCCAUAGUUUUUAAUAAUUAGUU